UGCAGGUUGCAACCCCCCAAAACGACGUCGUUUUGGGGGAUUUUGGCCAAUCCAGUAAUAAUACAAAACUACGCCGUUUUGAGAUCCCUAAUUCCCUCAAAUAUGCCGCCCAAAACUCCCCCAAAUAUUUACGAUUCUUUUAGGGUUGAGUUUGAAACGACAACCAUGGAAACGGCAACUAUGGACGUCUAUAGCCCAGAACAGCCAUGCAACUCGACCCUUGCUGUUCCUCCAUUGCCGUCGCCAAAAGACACCACUUCGUCACCUCUGUUGCCGCCCACAAUUGUUGAUGGCGCACCAUCGACGCCGCCCACAACCGUUGAUCGUGCACCUCCUACCUCUCCGAACCGAAUGGAAGGUGGUACUGGACCUGAGGAGACUAUGAAAGAGUUGUCCAAAGAUUACUCUCUUUCUCUUGGAAUGAAAUUUGAAUCGGAGGAGGAUGCAUAUGAGUUUUACAAUGAUCAUGCAAGAAUUAUGGGUUUUGGCAUUAGAAGAUGUUAUUGCACAAACAGCAAAAAAGAUGGUAUAAUGAUUAAUCGGAAGUUUGUUUGUAGUAAGGAAGGCGAGAGAGAGACAGAUAAUCGGUCCCUAGUGGUAGAACAACCUUGAAGGGAGACAAGAACUAAAUGCAUUGCGUUCAUGUACAUAGCAUUUAACCGACAAAAAUCAAAAUGGUCUGUGACGAAGUUUGAAGAAAAUCACAAUCACGUUUUCCAUGAUCCUAAAACUUCUUUUUUGUUGCGCUCUCAAAGAAGGAUACGUGAGGCACAAGCUCUAAAUAUCGAGUUAGCCGUUGACAGCGGUUUAUCGGUUAAGGCAUCACAUGAUCUUAUUAGUGCCCAAUCUGGGGAGAGGGAAAACGUAGGCUUCACACUAGACGACCAUAGAAGUUACUUGCGUGCAAGAAGACAGAGGAGCUUACAAUAUGGUGAAGCUGGGGCUUUGUUAGGAUACUUUCAAACUCGAGUGGCUGAAAAUCCUUACUUUUUCUAUGACAUUCAAUUGGAUAUUGAGGAAAAGAUUACUAAUAUUUUUUGGGCUGACCAUGAGAUGAUCACAGAUUAUGGACUUUUCGGAGAUGUUGUGUCUUUUGACACAACAUUCCAA